CGCAAAAGUUGAGUCGGCGGGCGGCCGAGCGAGCGCUCAGAGGCAGUGAUCGCGACGCUUUUGGAGAGUUUGUUGAAUUGUUCUUGCUCUUCCCAUCCAUCCCACGACAACAACAUCCACCUUUCUUCGGCAUCAAGGAUCAAUAAGUCAAAAUGAGCCGUCUUACUGAAUACGAGGUCAUUGGCCGUCACUUGCCCACCGACACCGACCCCAACCCCAAGCUCUACCGUCUCUCGAUCUUCGCUCCCAACACCGUCGUUGCCAAGUCGAGAUACUGGUACUUCAUGAAGCAGCUCCGAAAGGUCAAGAAGUCGACCGGUGAGAUUGUCAGCGUCAAGGCCAUCGCCGAGAAGCACCCCAACAAGGUCAAGAACUUUGGUCUCUGGAUCAGAUACGACUCGCGCUCUGGCACUCACAACAUGUACAAGGAGUACCGCGACAUGUCGCGCACCGCUGCCGUCGAGUCCUUGUACCAGGACAUGGCUGCCAGACACCGUGCUAGAUUCCGCAGCAUCCACAUCCUCAAGGUCGUCGAGCUUGAGAAGACUGAGGACGUCAAGCGCCAAUACAUCAAGCAGCUCCUCGUCCCUGACCUCAAGUUCCCUCUCCCCCACCGUAUCGUCAAGUCGAAGAAGAUCUUCUCUCACUCCAGACCCUCUACUUUCUACUAGAUGUGUAUUGUGGCUUUAGAGAGCGAUGAUGUUCGACGGGAAUGAAGAGAUGUAACAAAAUAAAAAGGUCAAAAGCGGAAACUGUCAUGAUUCACAUUUGGUGUCUUGAAAAAAAUCAAAUCUCUUUUUCGAGUUUUAUAAAAAAGAAAGGAGUACAGAAUGUGGGUUGCUUCUUGUAAUUAUAUACAAUAAUAUGGUCAUCAUAAUCCGA